AGAAAAGAAGAAGAGUGAAAAAACGGCAUCGUCUAAACCGACUGAAAAGAUCCCACCCAGUCCCUCAGCUUUUGCUACUGUGUAAAGAGUCGAAAUUCAAUCUUUCUCCGUUUUCCCAGGAAAGAGAUAAACAACAAGAAGAAAACUGUUUACAAGCGGAAGCAGCUCUGCAAUCACAAUCAAACCCAAUAAAUGGAGAAAGGUCUAUCCUUUAUAUCAGUAUCACAGUCAACAAGCAGUCCUUUAUGCUUCUCUAAUCACAAGCAGUUUUUGUUACCUACAAUCAACACCACGGAUAGUAAUAAAGCUAAAGUUAGCAUUUCUACUAAUGGAAAAAGAAGGAAACCCAUUUCAGUUAAGGCUGUGAAUACAAGAAAAGAGACCUUAUCCAGUAACUGGGAUGUUGCAAAUUUCUCUUCUUCUUUUGCUACUUCAUCUCCAGCUUUACCAAGAUUUGAGGAACUUGAUACCACUAAUAUGCUCCUACGUCAAAGAAUUAUCUUCUUGGGCUCUCAGGUCGAUGACAUGACAGCAGAUUUUGUCAUAAGCCAACUCUUAUUUCUGGAUGCUGAAGACCCAACAAAAGACAUCAAAUUGUUUAUUAAUUCACCUGGUGGUUCUGUCACUGCUGGAUUGGGAAUAUAUGAUGCAAUGAAAUUGUGCAAGGCUGAUGUUUCAACUAUUUGCCUGGGGCUUGCUGCAUCUAUGGGAGCAUUUCUUCUUGCUGCUGGUACAAAGGGCAAGAGGUUCUGCAUGCCCAAUGGGAGAGUGAUGAUCCAUCAGCCGCUUGGAACUGCUGGAGGAAAAGCAACAGAGAUGAGCAUACGAAUAAGAGAAAUGAAUUACCACAAGAUUAAGCUAAACAAGAUUCUUUCAAGAGCUACAGGGAAGCCUGUAGAGCAGAUUGAAGUUGACACUGAUCGUGAUAAUUUCAUGAGUGCUUGGGAAGCUAAAGAAUACGGGCUGAUAGAUGUAGUUAUUGAUGAUGGAAAGCCAGGAUUGGUUGCACCUCUUACAGAUGCUUCACCUCCACCAAAGACCCGGGUGUGGGAUCUAUGGAAAAUUGAAGGGGGAAAGAAAGCUAAAAAGAAUUUGCCCUCAGAGCAUAAGAUCUUGCGGAAUGGAUAUGCUGGGAGGCAAGGAGAUGAUGAGGACAGAGGCACAGACCAAGAGAAGGAUGAUCCUGCUUCUGUGUAGGAUUUGGCUAGUUUUCUGUCUUUUAUCUCUCAAAAGAUUAAUGCCAAGCAAGAUUGAAUUGGUAGAGUUAGUAGUUUAAAUUCUGAUAAAUGUAGGGAACAUGAUUAUAAAUUAAUUUUACACCCAUUUUAUGAAUGCAAGGGAUUUUCACUUUUCAAAUA